AUGAACGGUAAGACUCUCCGGCUUCAAUUGGAUCAGGGUUUGGCAAUGUCAAUAGUAUUGGCCUCUGCCUUUGCUCUAUGGAAACUUAUGUGUAUAAUAACGAUGUCAAAUUCACCGAUGGUGGUCGUUCUCUCUGGAUCUAUGGAACCUGCAUUUCAGAGGGGAGAUAUAUUGUUUCUUUGGAAUCGUGAGCAAUUCUUGGAUGUGGGUGAUAUUGUUGUUUAUAAAACUUCUGUCAAAGAAGUGCCAAUCGUUCAUCGAAUAGUCAGAGAGCAUAUAGUUCCAGAGAAGACAAAGAAAUCCAAAAGAAAAGCAAGAAAGAAUUCACAAAACAGAAGAAAGACGCACAAGACAACAAAGAAACUCACCCAGAAGAUUCUUACAAAAGGUGAUAAUAACAACAGAGAUGAUCUUCCGUUAUAUCCAUAUGGCCAAAACUAUUUAGAUAGGAAGAAAGAUAUCCUUGGAUGCGUGAAGGGAUAUUUCCCUAAAGUUGGAUAUAUCACAAUCCUCAUAACGGAGAACAAGUAUUUCAAAUAUGCUAUGAUGGGAUUUAUAGCAGUUUCUGCACUAUUCAGCGACGAGUAA